AUGCGUUUCUACUAUAUCGCUCUAGCUGUUGCUUCUGCUUUAUGUACAAGCACUGAUGGUUUUGAGGCUGGCUCCUAUUCUGCUGGACACGCUUCGCUGAGAACGGCUCAGCAGGAAGACGAUACAGGCAUGCCGCGUUUCCUGAUCGAUGAAAAUGCGGAUGGAUCACGUGUUGAGACUUCAAAUGACAACUCUCUUUCCAAGCCGCAGGGCGGGAAGAAAGUCGAUCUACAUGAGGAACGUUUGUUUGAUAUCUUAUACGAUGACGAUGACGAUGACAAAUUACUUGUCUACGACCGUUACGAUGGCAGAUACCAUUCAAGAAAAAGGUACCGUGUCAGCAGAUAUCAUGAUGACGACGAUGACAGUUAUGUCUAUUAUAACGAUUAG